AGUGUUUGGCAAUGUUUAAAGAAGUUCUGCUGAUCUAGCAUAGGUUACAUAACUUGUUUUGCUGACAUACAACAUCUGCUUAUUCUCCCAUGGUAUCUCAGGUAUAUAUAUAUAUCCCAUGGACCACAUUUGCACCAUUUGUUCGCUUAACCAUGCAUUUCUUAUGGUGGUUAGUCCUUGCCAUUAGCUGUGAAGCUGCAUUAGGCUACACAGCGGCCACUUGUCCAUCCACGGUCCCGGAAUGGAGCCGAGUUGAUUGUUACCCGGAGUCUGGAUCCAACGAAGCGAGCUGUAAUAGCAGAGGUUGUAUGUGGUGUGAAGCGUCAGUUCAAGGCCCUCCGUGGUGUUUUUACGAUGAUGCAACGACUGCAGCGCCUCCAGGGGAAGGCUGCUCGUCCUGUAGUUCAUGCAGCAACAAAGUAGAUUGUUACCCUGAAGCUGGGUCCAGUGAAGGCGGUUGUUACGACCGUGGUUGUCUAUGGUGUCCAUCUAAUGUUCCAAAUGAACCAUGGUGCCUUGUUCCUGAUGGAGGUGCAAUUGUGAACCCACCAAUCCAGACACUGGAUGUCCUUCUGACAUCCCAGAAGCCGAGAGAAUCGAUUGUUAUCCUGGUGGAGGAGCUUCUCAAUCUGGAUGUGAGAGUGCUGGCUGCAUUUGGUGCGAGAGCAAUACUAAUGGCGUACCAUGGUGUUUUUUCAACACAACCAAUCUUCCAGAAGGUAUUGACGAUGAUGAAAGAGUCAAUUGCAUUCCUGAAGGGUUUCUCUCCAUCACUUUGCACUGAAAGAUCAUGUGCUUUUGCAAACACCAACUCUCCAAAUGCCCCAAUGUGCUAUUUUCAGAAUGAUCAAUAUGGGUACUCAAUGCAAGGCACCCCUGUUGCAACCUACAAUGGAUAUCGUGUAACUCUUAACAGAAUCCACACUUCUACUUUAUUUGGUGAUGAUGUAGACACAGUGACGCUGGAUGUUACUUUCGAUACUCAGUCCAGAAUCCACAUUAAGUUUUACGAUUCCUCUGAAGAUCGAUUUGAGGUUCCUCUUACAAUCAAUGGAGCAGACCCAAGCCCCCCUUCAAACCCACUUUAUGAUAUACAGUUUUUCAAUGAUCCUUCUUUUUACUUUAAAGUGAUCAGACAAUCCACCGGAGCUGUUCUACUCGAUACUUCAUUAGGUGGUUUGACCUUCAGUAAUCAGUUCCUGCAGAUCGCAACUCGUGUUCCAACCAAAACAAUGUAUGGGUUCGGUGAACAAGAACAUCAAACGCUUGCUCACACAUUUGAAUGGGAGAGCUUUGGAAUGUACGCGAGGGACCAACCCCCAGAUCCAGGUGCAAAUCUCUAUGGGACUCACCCAUUCUAUGUAUCUGUUGAAGAUGAUGGAAAAUCUCACGGAGUUCUUUUCCUCAAUUCCAAUGCACAAGAUGUGACCUUGACACCAGCACCUGGCGUUGUGUACAGAACUAUAGGAGGUGUAUUGGACAUGUAUGUCUUCCUUGGUCCAGAACCAAACAGUGUAAUUGAACAGUAUAACACUGCCAUUGGAACUCCAUUCAUGCCCCCAUAUUGGUCCCUUGGAUUCCAGCUUUGUCGUUAUGGUUACGGAAGCUUGGAUGUUGUGAAGGCCACUGUGGCAAGAAUGGAUGCUUAUGAUAUCCCAAUGGACGUUCAGUAUGGUGAUAUUGACUACAUGGAUGAACGAAGAGACUUCACUUACGAUCAUACCAACUAUGCUGGCUUGCCUGAUUAUGUUAAACAGCUACAAAGCGGUGGAAAGCAUUAUAUUAUUAUCUUGGAUCCCUGCAUCACUGAAGACGACCCAGCUGGUACUUACCCACCUUAUGACAUAGGAGCUUCGAUGAAUGUGUUUGUUACCGAGUCAGAUGGAGUAACUCCUGCAUCUGGACGAGUGUGGCCUCCUGGUCAAUGUGCAUUUCCAGAUUACACCAACCCAGACACUGAAACCUGGUGGACAGAUCAGUGUGUAGACUUCCAUAAGACAAUCAACUUUGAUGGACUUUGGAUUGAUAUGAACGAACCAGCAAACUUUGUGGCCGGCAGCACGAGUGGUUGCGCAACCAAUGCUCUUAACAACCCGCCUUAUAAACCAAAGAUCUGGGGUGAUAUACUUGCGGAUAAGACCAUGUGUCCUGAUCAUUUGCAUAAACUUGGUAACCAUUACGAUGUGCAUAACUUGUAUGGGUGGAGUCAAUCUAAUGUGACGAUACUAUCUGCCACAGCAGCAACCGGUAAGCGACCAUUCGUAGUUAGCAGAAGUACGUACGUUGGGUCGGGACAAUGGGCGGCACAUUGGCUUGGUGAUAACAACUCUGAUUGGCAUGAUCUGAAAAUGUCAGUCAUUGGAAUGUUGGAAUUCAACAUGUUUGGAAUACCUUAUGUUGGAGCUGACAUCUGUGGGUUCAAUGGUGACGCUCAGGAAGAACUUUGCGAUCGUUGGAUGGAACUUGGUGCAUUCUACCCGUUCUCCAGAAACCAUAAUGGGCUAGGAUACAAAGAGCAAGACCCUGCCGCAUGGGGGGAUGCAUUCGCUGCUCGAUCGAGGGCAGUACUUCGUACUCGAUAUACUUUGCUACCAUAUUUGUACGAGCUCUUCUACACAGCACACACUGCAGGUACUGGUAUUGUGCGACCUCUAUCUUUUGAGUUUAUUAAUGACGUAAACACAAUUACUAUCGACGAGCAAUUUAUGUGGGGUCCUGCACUUCUCUUUUCCCCUGUGUUGUACCAAGGAGAGACCUCUGUUUCUGCUUACUUCCCUGAUGCAAGAUGGUACGACUAUGCAAAUGGUGUUGAGUUAGGUACACGAGGUAAUGUCGCCAGCAUUAGCGCUCCAAUAGGAACUAUUCCCAUCCAUGUACGAGGUGGUUAUGUCAUCCCAACCCAGGAACCUGCCUCUAACACUGAGUUAUCAAGAAAAAAUCCGUUCGGAUUAAUUAUUGCUUUGGAUGACAGCGGUUCAGCUGUUGGGCAAAUGUACUGGGAUCAGGGAGAUACCUUGAACCCAAUACUUAGCGGACAACAUGCACUGUUUACCUUCUCAGCACAAAACAACAAACUGACCACAUCUGCAAGUGGUAGCUCGAGCAUAAUGUCAAGCAUGACUAUGGGUAGCUUGCGUAUCAUGGGUGUAUCAUCUUCCCCACAAUCUGUUACUGUCAAUGGAGUUUCCAAGUCAUUCACGGUGUCUAACUCGCAAGUAACAGUUAGCAACAUAAACGUGGUGAUGAGCGGAUCAUUUGAAGUACAGUGGUGAUUCGGUGUUAAAUAAAUUGAACUGGUCUGAUUGUG